AUGGUCACCAACGUUGCUCUCCUGGCUUUGGGCGCCGUGUGUGCCUGGGCGCAAACAUCUGAUGCCGCAUCCGAGACCAAUGAGCCGAACAAAUACACUGCCACCGACGCUGCUGCAGUGUCCGCAGCUCAAGCCACUGCUCCAACAUACAGCGGUACACCACAGUCUCAGUACAAGCAAGGCAAAGUGUUCGACAGAUUCGUCGAGAUCUGGCUCGAAAACACAGACUACGACAAGGCUGCCGGCGAUUCUAACCUCGCAUACUUGGCCAGCAAGGGGAUCACACUUACCAACUAUUUCGCUGUGACCCACCCGUCUGAGCCCAACUAUGUCGCAUCUAUUGGAGGUGAUAAUUUUGGAAUGGACAAUGAUAACUUCAACCAAGUUGCGGACAACACAUCUACGGUGGUCGAUCUGCUGGAGGACAAGGGCAUCUCGUGGGGCACGUAUCAAGAGGAUAUGCCAUUCAGCGGUUUCGAGGGCAAGGCCUGGGUCAAUCAGAAGACCAAGGCGAACGACUACGUCCGCAAACACAACCCACCGGUCAUCUACAACGCCAACACCUCCCAAAGACGCCUGUCAUACCAGAAGAACCUCACUCAGUUCUACGUGGAUCUCAACAACCAGAGACUCCCGCAAUGGUCGUUUAUUACUCCAAACAUGACUUCUGAUGGCCACGACACUUCUGUGACUACGGCCGGUACCUGGUCACGCAAUUUCCUCGACCCGCUGCUCUCGAAUGACUACUUCAACAGCAGGACAUUGGUUCUCCUGACAUUCGAUGAGAAUCACACGUACAACACCGGAAAUCGUGUCUUCAGCAUCCUGCUCGGAGGAGCCGUCCCAGACUCUCUACAAGGCACAAAGGAUACCCAGUUCUAUAACCACUACUCGGACAUCGCUACCGUGGAAGCUAAUUGGGACUUGCACACGCUCGGACGAUGGGACGUCGGCGCCAACGUCUUCAAGCUCGUUGCAGACACAACGGGUGACACCUACACCUCUUGGGACGCCGUGACUGGUGACAAUCCGAGCGUGUUCUUGAACGGCUCGUUCUCGGGACCCUUCAGCAGCAGCCAGAAGAACGCAUAUCCGGUUCCCAACACGAAUGCGAAGUCUCCGUCGACCGGCCGCACGGUUCUGCCUAGCAUUGUCGACAAGUACUCUUCUCAGCAGUCGUCCAAGAACAUGUACUAUAAUAAUGGAGUUAUGAUCCCGGACGGGCAACAUCCUCCUCAGGGGUAUUGAUACAAAAGAU